CGCAACAAUUCUCACCAGUUCUGCACACCAUCUCGCAUACCCAUGCCGCAUAACAGCUGGCACCUCGAAACUGAAAAACACACAAAUGAGGGGAACCUACCUGUGGAUAUUCUACUGCAGAACAAAGCACCUGCGGAUUCAGGGCCCCUUCCCCUUUUUGAAGCUGCGUGCUGAACAGUUUGCAGACAAUUUUGUGCGCAAUUACGGUGACACGAUUAACGGUGUAAAACAUGAGCUAAAAAAUAUGUGUCGUUUGUGUAACAUGUCCCUGAGGAUGGUCCAUGUGUCCCUCUGCGAAAGUGCGAACGGCGGGGGGGAUGGCACUGCCGAUGGGUGCGAGCGUACCUUUGAGAGCACCUUUGAGAGUACCUCUGAUCAUACCGUUGGGCGUACCUCUGAGCACAGCCCCGAACAUCGCCUCAGUGACGGCGGCCAUGGCGCCCCCGCGGAGAGCGACCAGCUAGAGCAAAACACACAACCCGAAAAGAACAGCCGUUCCAAAUUAGCAACCCAUCUAAUUAUUCACUACGUUAAAGAAUAUGUGAAAUAUAUUGUCCACUCUUUACUUCAUUUUUGUCUUCAUUUAUGUGACGCAUUUUAUCGCUCCCUUUCUGUGUUGCCAAAUGGCUAUUUAGAAUUUCCAAAGCAGUUCGAUUACUCUUCGUCCAUUUCGGACAACCUCUUGAGCAGCUUUGUCACGAUAUAUAAAAUCUACAGACAAAGUAACUCUUCAGAAUUUCGCUUUAAGUUAGAUCAACUGGCAUUCCUGGGUUCGGGAUUCAUUUACGACCAAAGGGGAUACGUUCUGACGGCGGCGCAUAACAUAACGAAUACAGAGGGCACAUUCGUUAUCAAAAAUGAAGACAACUUUUAUGUGGCGACGGUGGCCGGUUUGCACAGGGAAUCAGAUGUAUGCGUCAUGAAAAUUAACUCGGAGGAGCAGUUUAGCCACAUACCUCUAGACCCCAGCAGGGAAUUUUUGAAGCCGGGAGAACCAGUAAUCACAUACGGACAAAUACAGAAUUUCGAUAAAGAGACCUGCAGCGUCGGCGUCGUAAAUCAACCAAGACAGACCUUUACCAAAUUUGAAAGCUUUUGUGAAAAGGAGCAAACCUGUCUGUACCCCUUUAUUCAAAUAAGCAAUCCGAUUAAUAAAGGCAUGUCCGGCUCGCCUCUAAUCGACAAGCAUGGAAAUCUCGUAGGAAUGAUACAAAAAAAAAUAGAUAAUUACGGGUUGGCCUUGCCCGUGAAUAUUUUAAAAAACGUCACAACCCAUUUGCAAGAGGAAGGGACGUACAAGGAGCCAUUUCUGGGAAUCGUCUUGAGAGAAAAAGAGCAAAGUACCUCCGCAGAUUAUAAAAAUUGCAAAAAUGAACUAAAAAUACAGGACGUUUUGGCUAACUCACCCGCGGACGUUGCCGGCAUAGCAAAAGGAGAUAUCAUGCUGACGAUUAACAAUAAGCGGAUUAAAAACAUUUGCGAUGUGCACGAAAUUUUGAACAGCACAUCGGAUGACAUUAAAAAGAAGGAAGACCUCGAAUAUAAGCCGUUCAAAAAUAUCAGCUUUAACAAGCUUAAGACCAAUUUGAAAAACUUCCUUGUAAUCAACAAAAAGUUUAACAUUUCGGAUGUCAAGCAGGUUUCCUUUUUAGGAAAAUUUCACAAUUACGAGAAAAUUGAAAAUUACGGCGUAAACGAAAUAUGCAUACUGGGCAGGAGCAACGUAGGGAAAUCAACCUUCCUGAGGAACUUCAUAAAAUAUCUUAUCAACGUGAAUGAGCAUGCAACUGUGAAGGUUUCGAAGAACAGCGGGUGUACUAGGUCUAUCAAUUUAUAUGCUUUUGAAAAUGGAAAGAAAAAGAAGCUGUUCAUUUUGACGGACAUGCCUGGCUUUGGCUAUGCUGCAGGAAUAGGCAAAAAGAAAAUGGAGUUUUUGAUGAAGAACCUGGAGGACUACAUAUUCCUGCGAAAUCAAAUAUGCCUCUUUUUUGUUCUUAUCGACAUGAGCGUGGACAUACAGAAGGUUGACGUGUCCAUAGUGGACGCCAUAAGAAAAACGAACGUACCCUUCAGAGUCAUCUGCACAAAGAGCGACAAGUUCAGCGCGAGUGCUGAGGAACGCCUCCAAGCAAUCAAAAAUUUUUAUCAGCUCGAAAAAAUCCCCAUACACAUUUCGAAAUUUUCGACGCACAAUUAG